AUGGACAAAUCACGUUUUUCUUAUUUUGCAAAUUCUUUUCAAUUUAAAUCUUUAUCAACAAAAGUUUCGGAUACAUUAUUCUCAUAUUCUUUACAUUCAGCAAUCAAAAUCGAUGGAAAUCUAUUCAAUAAUGCAACAAGUUCUAACACACAACAGAUAUAUCAACAAUUUACUGCUUUUAACUGCUAUUUCCUCCAUUGCAAGAACAACAUAUCUGGAGGAGCCUUCACAUCGAACGGUCGUGAUGCAAUUGUUCACUUUGAAAGGUGUUUCUUUGAAAAAUGCGUUUCUGAGAAAGAAGCAGGCGCAAUUUACAUCAGAGACGGCUCAUUACAUCUUACAGACAGUACAUUUAAGGACUGUUUAGCUUAUGCUUCAGCCCAGGCAAUUUAUGUUUCAUCAUAUCCGAGAAAUUCAAUCAGAUUACAAAGAACAUCCAUAGACAGAUGUCCUGUUAUAGCACCCGACCUCCAGGGCUCCGUUGUACACUGUAUAAACGGCGAACAAACGAUGGUUGAAACAAAUGUUACUCAUUCGAAGAUUGUUAGCGGAUCCGGAAGUAUUAAGUCCGUAAAACCAUACAAUUUCGAUGGCAGAUACUGCUGCAUCUCAUUUAACCACGGAACUUCAACAAUGGCGAUUUUCCAUAAUUCUACGAUCGAAGGACCAGUUAUUCUCGACUAUUACAACAUCGUCAACAAUACUCUCGAAGGCGACGACUUAAUUCAAACAAAUUCGAUCAUUUACUUACGAAAUUCUGUAAUUGCAGAUAACAAAGUUGUUGUUGAAGUUAUUUCGUAUACACCUGCUCCAACGAAGAAGUUGAGCAAGUUAUCAAUGGUCAGUUCUAAAAAGAAGAAAGAAGAAAAGACUGCAGCACCAACUCCGACGAAAUCAAUAUUUAUUCGACUGGAACAUUGCGGUUUGGACACAAACCAUGCUGAAUUACUCAAAAAUACUGAUGUUUGCAGCGAUUGCAACAAAAUUGAAGGAAAAUAUACUUUGUAUCAGAUUCCAGCUGCAAAAACACCAGGAAUUAGAAAGGCAACAGCACUACCACCUCCAAAGGAGUAUUCGUCACAGAUAUUGGUGCUUUGUCCCUUCAUGAUGAUCCUUAUUAUCUUAAUUGGCUUAGUUAUGAGGACAACUAACUGCCAGUCAACUGAUGACUACGUCCAAGAUGAAUUUGUACAAUCUAAUUGA